AUGCAAGGGGUAUCGGGCCGUCUUCUCCAAUUCUACACAGGUGUACAUUACGCAGCAUUGCGGAGCACUGAGCCGUUAGCGGAAUACCUCGACAUGCCCAAGCCUCGCGAAGACUUACCCAUGAUCACAGAGUCUCCUCGCAAAAACAUCUUCCUGCUUGGAGCUUCUUGUUAUUCCUCAGCGAGAUCAGGAUUUGACUGUUGUUGCGGACAGCCUGCUGCAACACCGAAAGCGGUCCCUGGGAAAUCUCCCACUCCUCCAGCUCGCGAAUCUGAGCCUCGUCGAGCUCAGACUUGGGGACGGAAGCGUAUUGACUGUCUCGAUGUCCACUGCAGUGAAGCUUGGUGGCGGGUUUUUGCGGCGUUUGAUCCCGUGGCUCGGUACCCCUUUUCAGAAUAUGGUGUUUUCAACAUUCUACUUCACGUCAAUCGGAGCACCUUGAACGAUGUCGGCUACGAAAGGAAAGGUACGCACACGCAACGGACAAGGGGAGCUGAUGGACAGACUGCACUUGCUCUGACUCGUGUUUGGCACCAUGCUUCUGCGGAGGACCGCAUCCUCGGUACCCUUGCCAGCCGAAUCGCCUGGGUGCUGAUGGGCAAGCACAAGCCGACGUACGACCCCGCUGGUAAGUGGAGAAGGUUCCGACAUUAUGCUGAUGAUUCAGUCGACGCUGGAGACUAUGUUGUGGUAUCGGACGCGCUCAAGGUUCGCUUGACCGGUAACAAGGCGCAGGAGAAGAUCUACCGUCACCACUCGGGCUUCAUCGGAGGAUUGAAAGAGGUGCCCAUCACGAGAAUGCGGGAGCGCCGACCAGAGGAGAUUCUGCGUCGAGCUGUCUCUGGAAUGCUGCCUAAGAACACGUUCCGUGACCGCAGGCUGGAGCGCCUCAAGAUCUUCCCCGGUCCGGCGCCUGCACACUACGAGCAGAAUGUGCUCAAGACCUGGCGCGACAAGGCUUCGGAGAGCAAGUAG